AUGAAUUCUUCACUAUUCUCAGUCAUAUUUGCUCUUGCUGUUAGCUAUACUGUUGCUGUUCCAACAAAGGCUGGAACUUCAAUUCGUCCAAACGGAUUCGCACCCAACAAAAUUACACUUGUUCAUACAAAUGAUAUACACGCUCAUCUUGACCAGUUUAAUGUUGGCGGUGUGGACUGCUCUCAGGCAGAAAUUGACGCAAACACUUGCUAUGGUGGUAUAGCUCGUAUCAAAACAGCUGUUGACCAGAUUCGAAAAAAUGCCAAGGACGUUUUGAUGCUGGAUGCAGGCGAUCAAUUCCAAGGCACCAUGUUUUUCAAUAUAUUUGGUGGAAAGCCAUCUGCUGAAUUCAUGAAUGAUCUGAAAUAUGAUGCCAUGUCUUUAGGAAACCACGAGUUUGAUCGUGGUGUCGGUUAUCUAGCCGACUUUAUCAAAUCACUCAAUUUCCCAGCUCUUUCAUCCAAUAUUGAGUUGACGACAGCGCCAAGGCUUAAAGAUGCAGGUGUCGUGCCAUAUAUCUACUUGGAAAAGUACUCUCUUGCCAUUAUUGGAUACAUUACCAAGACAACUGCAGAGAUUACCACUGGAGGAAGGGAUGUCAAGUUUUACGAUCCUGUUGCGCCAGUCCAGAAAUAUGUCGACGAACUGCACAGCCAGGGCAUUAAGCGUAUCAUUUGUGUUUCUCACAAUGGAUAUCACCAGGACCAGUAUCUUGCCCAAAAUACCAAGGGAGUCCAGCUCAUUGUUGGUGGACACUCGCACUCUCUUCUCUUGAAAGACACAUCGCUUCCUAAUGUCGAGGGUCUGUAUCCAACUGUGGUAAAGAAUCUUGAAGGAAAGGAUACCUAUGUGGUCCAGGCUCACCGUUUUGGCGAUUAUCUUGGAUAUCUCGAACUUGAAUGGGAUUUGUUUGACAACAUGAAACCACCUAAAGGCGAUCCCAUACUUCUUGAUCAACAGUUUACGCCCAAUCCCGAAUACCAAGCCAAAGUAGAUAAGCUUCGUGAAUCUUUUUCGAGUCUUUCUGAAAAAAUUCUUGGCAAAUCUUUGGGAGAUUUCCUUGUUGAAGACUGCAUUACUGGUGAGUGUGCAUUUGGAAAUCUAGUGACUGAUUGUAUGAUUGAAAAUCAUAAAGAGGAAGGUGCUCAAAUCGCCAUGGUGAACUCUGGUGCAAUCCGAGCAUCUAUUCUCAAGGGACCAGUGUCCCAUGCCGAUAUCAUGAUCAUUGCACCGUUUGGCAGUGUGGUCGCAAGUUUUAAAUACUCGGGCAAGCAAAUCAUGAAACUUCUUGAAAACUCUGCAGCCAUGUACAAUCCCAUUUUGAAAAAAAGUAUCAUUACUGUCCCUCAGUAUUCUGGCUUGACGUUUGAUUUUGACUCCAAGAAACCUAUUGGUAGCAAAAUCACCAAAGUUCUUGUAGGCGGUAAACCUUUGGAGAUGGAUACCUUGUACAAUUUCUACACUCUGGAUUAUAUUGCAGAAGGAGGUGAUAACAUGAUACCGCCUAUUGCUUACAAGUCUGACGAGUUGAUUGCAGAUUCAUUGGCAAUGUGCAUUGAGCGUCGUGGAACCAUCACGCCAGCUGUUGAAGGUCGUUUCCCCAAAAUCCGAGAUUCUGAUGCUUUAUUUGAGCCCUGA